CCUCUUUCCCCUUCGUUCUUCUCGCUCUCUUCCUCCCUCUCUGUCUUCCUCUCAUCUCCCUUCUUUUCUUUCCCCCUUUCCCUUCUUCUUGUCUCCCUGCUUUUGUUCUCAUAUCCUUUAAAAGUAUUUACUCAUUCACAAAAUGGCCAACCCUCCUCACGGUGGUAUUCUCAAGGACCUGCUCGCCCGCGAUGCUCCCCGCCACGACGAGCUCACCGCUGAGGCGGAAACUCUCCCCGCUAUCAUCCUGACUGAGCGCCAGCUAUGUGAUCUCGAACUGAUCAUGAACGGUGGUUUCUCUCCUCUCGAGGGUUUUAUGAACCAGAAGGAUUACGAUGGUGUCUGCGCCGACUCCCGUCUCGCGGAUGGCAACCUCUUCUCUAUGCCCAUCACCCUCGAUACCUCCAAGGAAGUCAUUGAAGAGGCUAAGCUGAAGGCUGGCUCUCGUGUCACUCUUCGUGAUUUCCGUGACGACCGCAACCUUGCCAUUCUUACCAUCGAUGACAUCUACCGCCCUGACAAGGAGAAGGAGGCCAAGCUCGUGUUCGGCGGUGACCCAGAGCAUCCCGCUAUCAAGUUCCUCAACACCAAGGUUCAGGAAUUUUACAUUGGUGGAAAGAUUCAGGCUAUCAACAAGUUGAACCACUAUGACUAUGUUGGCCUUCGCUACUCCCCCGCUGAACUCCGUGUUCACUUUGACAAGCUCGGCUGGACCCGAGUUGUCGCUUUCCAGACCAGAAACCCCAUGCACAGAGCUCACCGUGAGCUGACCGUCCGCGCUGCUCGCGCCCGCCAGGCCAAUGUCCUGAUCCACCCAGUCGUCGGUCUCACCAAGCCAGGUGACAUCGAUCACUUCACUCGUGUCCGCGCCUACCAGGCUCUCCUCCCCCGCUACCCCAAUGGCAUGGCUGUCCUUGGUCUCCUGCCCCUGGCUAUGCGUAUGGGUGGUCCCCGUGAGGCCAUCUGGCACGCCAUCAUCCGUAAGAACCACGGUGCGACCCACUUUAUCGUUGGCCGUGACCACGCUGGUCCUGGUAAGAACUCCAAGGGUGAGGAGUUCUAUGGCCCCUACGACGCUCAGCAUGCCGUCGAGAAGUACAGAGAGGAGCUCGGUAUUGAGGUCGUGGAGUUCCAGCAGGUCACCUACCUCCCCGACACCGAUGAGUACAAGCCCAAGGACCAGGUCCCCGCUGGGGUCAAGACCCUUGAUAUCUCCGGAACUGAACUCCGCAACCGUCUCCGCACUGGCGCUCACAUCCCGGAGUGGUUCUCCUACCCCGAGGUUGUCAAGAUCCUGCGCGAGUCUAGCCCUCCCCGUGCCACCCAGGGGUUCACCAUCUUCCUUACUGGUUACAUGAACUCUGGCAAGGACGCUAUCGCCCGUGCUCUUCAGGUCACUCUGAACCAGCAGGGUGGACGUUCCGUCACUCUGCUCCUCGGUGACACUGUCCGCCACGAGCUCUCCUCCGAGCUCGGCUUCAGCCGCGAGGACCGCCACACUAACAUCCAGCGUAUCGCUUUCGUUGCCGCUGAGCUCACCCGCGCUGGUGCCGCCGUUAUUGCUGCCCCCAUCGCUCCCUACGAGCACUCCCGAAAGGCCGCACGCGAGGCUGUCACUGGCAAUGGUGGCAACUUCUUCUUGGUCCACGUCGCUACUCCCCUUGAAUACUGCGAGAAGACUGACAAGCGCGGCAUCUACGCCCAGGCUCGUCGCGGCGAGAUCAAGGGCUUCACUGGUGUCGAUGAUCCUUAUGAGGCUCCUACCAACGCGAACCUUACCGUCGAUAUCUCCAAGCAGAGCGUCCGCAGCAUUGUUCACGAGAUUAUCCUCAUGCUCGAAAGUGAGGGCUACCUCGACCGCCUAUAGAGUAGUCACGACCUUUUUUUUUUCUUUUUCUUUUGGAACGAUUUGCGCUUUUUUAAACUUUUCUUUUGUAUAAUGCGAUAUAAAGACGGGAUCUUGGAAUAAGACUUGAUUUUAAAGGGAUCCAGCUGUGUCUCUAUUCUAUAGAAAGUAUUGAAUUCAAUUGUAA